AUGCGGGAUGCGUCCGUCGAUGGCGCGGCAGCUGCGGUCGACGGGGAGGCGCAGGCGGGGGACGAGGAGGGGCCCCUGCUGGCGGUGGCGGCGCUGCGGGCUCUGGGGCUGAUGGUUCACUUUCUGAGGGAGGGGCUGCUCGACGGCGCGCUGCUGCCUCACGCGCGGUUCGAGGCGCUGGCCGGCGGCCCGGGCGCGGAGGCCGACGCGGCGGUGCAUCGCGGCAGCGACGCGCCCGCGCUGAUGGCGCUGGACGGCGCUGCGCUGGAGAGCCUUGAGCUUCUUGAGAACAGCGCGGGGGGCACCGCGGGCACCCUCCUAGCGCUGCUGGACCACUGCACCACGCCCUUCGGCCGGCGGCGGCUGCGGCGGUGGCUGGUGCGGCCGCUGCUGCGAGCCGGCGACAUUGCGCGGCGCCAGGACGCGGUGGAGGAGCUGAUGUCAUCGCUGGCCGACGCCGCCGGCUCCGCGCGCCGCGCGCUGGCGGGCGUGUGCGACCUCGAGCGCGCGCUGGCGCGGCUCGCGGCCUCCGCCGGCGGCGAGGGCGGCGGCGUGGGUCGUGAGGCGCCCCACGUGAUCCUCUACGAGGACGUCAGCCGCAAGAGGGUGAAGCGGCUGGUGGGGGCGGUGCGCGACAUGGGGGCCGUCGGGCGGGCCCUCAGGGCGCUCGAUAAGGUGCGGAGACAAAAGGUCGAAUGA